AUGUGGAAGGCUGUUUUGAAUGCUUGGAAUGGAACCGAGAGUAAAAGUGAUAAUGCUUCAGAUAUUCCCUCCUAUAGAUUCGAAGACAUGAAAAGAAUCGUGAAGAGACACGAUCCUAACGUCGUUUUGGUAGAUGUCAGAGAGCCAUCAGAGUACUCGAUUGUUCAUAUCCCUGGUUCCAUUAAUGUGCCAUAUAGAUCGCACCCCGAGGCGUUUGCCUUAGAUUCGUUAGAAUUUGAGAAACAAAUUGGCAUUCCAAAACCUGACACUUCGAAUGAGCUAAUUUUUUACUGUGCUUCUGGUAGACGCGGAGGUGAAGCUCAAAAAGUUGCCUACUCUCAUGGGUAUUCGAAGACUUCACUUUAUCCUGGCUCUAUGAACGAUUGGGUCGCUCAUGGGGGUGACAAAUUUGAUCUUUAA